AUGUCCUUUCCGAACCUCUAUGUCCACCGUAAGGUGGCAGAGUCCAAUGCAAAGCCAUGCGACAUCUGCUACAAACUCAGUUCAAGUGUGUUGGUCACGGACUCGGAGGGAAUAAAGGACUGGUUCCAUGUUUGUCCUUCUCAUCUCAAGGAUCGGGGGUUCUGCACCCCUAAAAUUAACCAGGCUGCCAUUGAAGAGCGGAAGCAAAGAGAACUCCAGGAGGAGAUUGAGCGGUUGAAGAAGGAAUACGAAGAGAAGCAGCAAAAGAAAAAGAAGCAAAAGGAUGAGGGAAAAGAGGGAAAGUCUGACUCAGCGGACGAGAAGACUGGUAAUGAUGACAACAACAGCAAGAAGCCAGCAGAUAUUUCAAAGGAUAAUUCCGAGGUGGGCUGA